AAUGUGUUUCUGCAUUUGGUCCGAUCAUGGAGAAGUUCGAUAAAUCACCAUCAGGAAAUGAAAGCGAAAGCAUUGCUGAGGAAACAAAAACCUCAGUCAAUAAAGAAGAAUUUAAUAAUUGGUUAAUUAAUAAAAUAACAAGGCAAAGUACAAUGAUAUCUCGAAGUUACGGGGAAAAGAUUAUUGAUUACCUAAGAAUACUUCGUGAAAAUGGUUCAGAAGACGCUACUAUUCGAGCAAAAUAUACGUCAUCUUUUAGAUUUCAAGUAAAAAAAAGAAAAUUUCAGCUAGUCAAUGUUGUUGGUCUUGGAGACAUAUUAUGUUUACCUGUUAAAGAUAAGAGCUCUGCUAGUCAUGCAAUGCUUGGACAAAAUCGUCAGUUAAUAUUUAAAGAAGAUAUGUUUGAUGUUAUUGAAGCUGCACAUAAGAAUGGAUCAAAACAUCGUGGGUACAAGGGAACGUUUGUGAAGUUAAGUGCAACGUAUUGCAGCAUUCCAAGAGAUGUUGUUCGCAAAUAUGUAUCACUCUGCAAGUUUUGUCAGAAGGAGCAUGCAUGUUAUAUUCCCACAAGUAUAAAGAAUCAUGCCAAGACUCAAUCUAAAGAUAAAUCAAAUUUACCACCAAAGAAAAAAGAAUUUGAAAUGCAAUUUAUGACUAGAUGCCAGAUUGAUAUACUUGAUAUGCAGAGCACUCCUGACACUGAAGGCAACUUUUAUUUCAUUGGACAUUUUACAGACCAUCAUACUAAGUAUAAUGUUUUGUUUCCUUUAAAAACUUCAGAUGCUGCAUAUGUUGCAAGAAAACUUUGUAGAUAUGUUCUCGGACAUUUUGGACUACCACAAAUAAUGCAUUCAAACAUGGGUCGAAAGUAUGUUGAUGAGCUCAUUACAUGGAUACUUCAGUUUUGGUCUACAGAUGCUCAAAUAAUUAAUGGAAACCCACGUACAAAAAGAUUAGCUUCUAUAUUGCAACAGCGUCAAAGAACUAUAAUGAUUCUUAUAGAGACUAUUCAAUCAAAGCAAAUAGGUUGUCCUAAUUGGUCUUUGUGGCUUCCAGGAAUCCAAUAUACUUUAAACACAAACCAAUUUGAACCCAACAAUAUAGCAGCGUAUGAAAACGUGUUUAAACAGCAUCCAAAAGUAUACUCCUAUUCUCUUUCAUGUAAAGACAUACCACGUGAAGAAGAUAUGCUAGAAGACGAGGACGAGGAGCAUUCUGAAAGAUCUCUAAAUGAGGUACUAGCAGUUUCUGUUUCUGACUUUAUGCAAGAUGGCAGUUCUUUAUUAUUAACACAAAUAAAUGAUACAAACACUAAUAAAACCCGUGAAGAUGAAUCCAAUUCUAUAUCUUCGCCAAAUAUUCUAACUGCUGCUACUCUUGAUGAUGUAGGUUUAUCAUUAAAUGAACAGUAUACUAUAAUUGGUACCACUUUAAGUGUAGAUGGACAAACUAUACAAGUGCCCUACGUUGGCAUAUCAGCUGCAUCACUAAGUAAAAGUGUAAUGGACGCUCAGAAGUUUCAUAGUCAGCAGCAGGACUUUAGACAUUUAAACGAAUUAGAAAUGCAAGAUGUUACCGAAAGUACUGAAGGAAAAGAAACGGAACUUAUCAUUGCAACUAAAAACGAGAUGAGAUUAAGUUGUUUAGAAAUGGGAGUUGAUGUCUUAGCGAGCGAUGAUUUAACAAGAAAUAGUCACAUGUAAAAAAAAAAAAUUGUUUGCUUUAGUAAUAAGUUAGGGUUAACUUCUUCUUAACUCCAUGUUCAUUGAUCACAAAUGAACUUUUA